UGGAGCCUGAAACUGAAGCCAAGCCGACCAAUUAACGGUCAUUCGUCUUCCACCAGGUAACGCGGGCCGACGAAUCGGAAAUAUCAGCGGCGGGAGGUUAUUGAUCUCUCACCGGCAGGCCAGCAAAAAAAUUUCUUCCAUUUCUUUUCCUCACAAACUCAUCUCCCUUCUUGAUUUUCUGUUUCACUUGAUGCUGAAGAGGAGACAAGCUUAGUCCGACGGCGAACAGAAACAGAGAAGGUACGCUCUCGGCUAUUCCCAAGGGACCGAAGAUGAAACUAAACCGUUUACUCCUUCGUCAAACACUGAAGAAAUUUUCGAGAAUCAAUGGAAACAUACUGCAUCGCCAAUCGGAUGUCAAAAGCAAUGUCACUCGGACAUUCGUCGCAGCACCUUCAUUUUCUUUGCUUGAUCCAAAAUUCAGUCGCUGUUCUUCAAUUCCUGUCGAAAAUCUUGAGCUCUGCAAAUCCAAUUCAAUUUUCAGUAGGUGCAUUCACUUCACUGCAACUAAGUUUAGCGAUACAGCAAUUGAGCCGAAACUGGAGUCAUCAGACGUUGAGGAUCAAGAUGGAUCAAUGAAUGAGUUCUUAUCCAGAUUUGUCUGGAUAAUGCGCGGGAAGAUAUCUGAAGCAUUUCCGGACUAUGAUAAGCAAACAGUUGAUGCAAUGCUUUUGAUGAUUGUGGAAAAAGUGGUAUCUGAAAUGGAGAAGGGUAGCUUUGAGCAAUCGUUAAGGACUUCAACUGAUAAUCCAGAUUGGGACCUAAGUGAGGAUUUGUGGAAGACAGUAAGCGAAGUUAGCAACAUGGUUUUGGAUGAUAUGAAGAAGGCUACAAAGAAGGAGAAAAUGAAGGGUUUUCUGCUAUCUGAGGAAGUUCAGGAAAUGUGUAGGUUUGCUGGGGAAGUUGGUAUUCGAGGGGAUAUGCUAAGGGACUUCAGGUUCAAAUGGGCUCGUGAGAAAAUGGAGGAAAGCGAGUUUUAUGAGAGUUUGGAGCAGCUCAAGAAAGAGGCUAAUGCCUCUCCCAGUGGUGCAGAGGCUGCAGCAUCCGUUGAGAAAUCCGAGCCUGUUUCUAUUCCCAAGAGGCGAGGGAAGAUCAAGUACAAGAUUUAUGGUCUUGAUUUAUCUGAUCCCAAGUGGAGCGAAGUAGCAGACAAAAUCCACGAGGCAGAGGAGGUGAUAUGGCCUCAAGAACCAAAGCCAAUUUCUGGGAAAUGCAAAUUGAUCACAGAGAGAAUUCUUUCACUAAACGAGAACGAUGACCCAUCUCCAUUAAUGGCCGAAUGGACAGGGCUUCUUCAACCUACUAGGAUUGACUGGAUUGCCUUACUUGAUAAAUUGAAUGAUAAGAACAGAUUCUUAUACUUGAAGGUAGCAGAGCUUCUUUUGAAUGAAGAAUCUUUCGAGACCAACAUCCGUGACUACUCUAAGCUUGUCGAUGUCCAUGCUAAAGAGAAUCGUCUAGAGGAUGCUGAGAGGAUUCUUAAGAUGAUGACUGAGAAAGGCAUUACACCGGACAUUUUAACAGCCACAGUUUUGGUUCAUAUGUAUAGCAAGGUGGGAAAUCUCGAUCGUGCAAAGGAAGCGUUUGAUACAUUGAGGAGUCACGGCUUCCAACCCGAUGAGAAGGUUUAUAAUUCCAUGAUAAUGGCGUUUGUGAAUGCUGGACAACCGAAGUUGGGCGAAUCGAUGAUGAGAGAAAUGGAAGCAAGGGACAUUAAACCAAGCAAGGAUAUUUACAUGGCAUUGCUAAGGUCAUUUUCGCAGCGUGGUGAUAUUAGUGGCGCUGGAAGAAUUGCUGCUACGAUGCAAUUUUCUGGCAUCUCGCCAAGUUUGGAGUCGUGUACAUUACUAGUUGAGACAUAUGGGCUAGCUGGUGAUCCUGAUCAGGCAAGGAACAAUUUUGACUACAUGAUAAAAAUCGGGCACAGGCCUGAUGACAGGUGCACUGCAAGUAUGGUUGCAGCCUAUGGAAAGAAGAACCUGUUGGACAAGGCUCUGAAUCUUUUACUACAGCUCGAAAAGGAUGGGUUUGAACCAGGGGUUGAAACUUAUGCUGCUCUUGUAGAUUGGUUAGGUAAGUUGCAGCUGGUUGAUGAAGCUGAGCAGCUAUUAGGCAAGAUCGGCGCACAGGGAGAUGCCGUGCCUCUUAAGGUUCAUAUUAGCCUCUGUGAUAUGUACUCGAGAGCUGGGGUUGAGAAAAAGGCGCUACAAGCGCUCGGGGUAUUGGAAGCGAAAAAGGAUGAGUUGGGACAUGGUGAAUUCGAAAGGAUCAUUAAUGGACUUAUUGCUGGUGGCUUUGUGCAGGAUGCUAAAAGAGUGCAGGGCCUUAUGGAGGCUAAGGGUUUUACUGCAUCCCAACCACUUCAAAUGGCUCUGAGGACAUCUCAAGCUCUUCGUGGCAGGAGACUGCCUUGAGAAAAUUUGCAUCUCAGCAUUUGUUUUCAAGGCUGUGUUGUUUUCCUUCAUUCGAGUAUAGGUUAAACCCGAGUUUUUCCUUAUCGAUCUCUGACCUUGGUGUUUUCUUUUGUUUUUUUAAUUCAGAAGGUAGAUUAAUUGUGA